AUGUUUUUAGGACGACCUUCACUACGGGUUUCCAGAAGUUCGCGAAGUGUCGCGACGGCGGUCAAAAGAGUUGUCAGUUCCAGGCCACCUUCGUCCACAGCCAGCAGUGCCAAUACCAGUGUUGUUGGUGCAUCUGAUGCUGAAAUACCAAAGGUAGUGAGCAAGGCUGGAGCAUAUGGACGGCCUCUUAGUCGGACGUUCAAAGGGUACGCCUUGGAGACACCAGAAACCAAUGCUGGCAUUGCAAGCUCCCAAUCACAGUCAAAUUCCGAAGUCAACUGGGCUGUUUCGUUCCAAGGCCUUGGGUCUCGUCCGUUCGACGACAAAGUACAGACAGAAUUGAGCAAGCCUCUUGCUGCCGAAGACAUCGAGGUGAAACCAGACGGACUCGUGUACCUUCCAGAAAUCAAAUACCGGCGCAUUCUGAAUAGAGCCUUUGGUGCUGGUGGAUGGGGACUGGUACCAAGAUCAGAAACCAUAGUCACUGACAAGCUUGUCACCCGUGAAUACGCUCUCAUCUGUCAUGGCCAGCUUGUAAGCUUGGCCCGUGGAGAACAGGACUACUUCGCCGAAUCCGGAAUUCCUACUGCUACAGAGGGCUGCAAGAGUAACGCCCUAAUGAGGUGCUGCAAGGAUCUUGGGAUUGGGUCUGAGCUAUGGGACCCGGUGUUCAUCAAGCAGUUCAAGAAGACUAAUUGCGUGGACAAAUUCGUGGAACAUGUAACCACCAAGAAAAAGCGUAAGAUAUGGCUGCGUCACGACCGUGAAGUUGAAUAUCCUUAUAAAUAG